CAGCUCCCAGCAGGCGGGGCUGGCUGUGGGGAGGUUCCCUGGGCGGGGUUAGAGGAGACUGAGGAGGAGAGUCCGGCUUUUCCUGCUGCUCCGCUUCCUCCUCUCAACCCGGAGCUCUCCGGCCGUUCCUCUCGACUUUCACAAUGGAUGAGACUUCAGAUGAACCUCCCACUUCUGCUGUCAUUUUAGACAGCGGCUGCUUCUCCCAAGUCAUCUUUAACAACGUGGAGAAAUGUUAUGCUCCUGGAGGGGAUGUAACCUGUCACUAUACUCUCACUCACAACAUUGUUCCUCGUGGGAAGGACUGGGUGGGCAUCUUCCGGGUGGGAUGGAAAACCACCCGAGAAUAUUACACGUUCAUGUGGGCUCCUCAGCCCAGUGAUGUCCAUGGCAAUACUGCUGUGCAGCAACAGAUCCAGUUCAAAGCUUACUACCUGCCCAAAGAUGAUGAAUACUACCAGUUCUGCUACAUUGACCAGGAUGGUAUGAUCCGUGGAGCCAGUGUGCCAUUCCAGUUCAGAGCAGAGACUGAGGAUGAUAUUCUGGUGGUUACCACACAGGGAGAAGUGGAAGAGAUUGAACAGCAAAACAAAAAUUUGCUUAAAGAAAACGAGGAGCUGCAAGCCAACUGUGCAAGUCUCCAGAAACAAAACACAGAUCUGCAGGAGGACCUCAAGAAGACACAGGAGCUACAAAAUGUUUUGGAGUUUCUUAGGAGCAGCACGGAAAAAAUGGAGCUGGAGCUGAAUUCCCUGAAAGAGGAAAAUAAACACCUGAAGGAGCUGAAUGAGUGCAGAGAGGCAGAACUGCACCAAUUCAAAGAGCAAAUUCAGAAUGUAACAUCUGAAAAGGAACAUCUGGAAACCAGACUGAAAACGGCCCUGGAUCAUGUUGAUCAGCUGCAGUCUCAGCUUCUGAGUUAUGAGAAGGAAAUUGAAGACCUGGUUCGUUCGGACCAAGACAAGACUAAGCAAUGUGAAAGUUUAAAGGAAGAGAAUAACCAGUUAUGCAUGACUAUAACUCAAAAGGAAGAGCAAAAGAAAGAACUUCAACAUUGCCUGGAGCACUUGAAGGGAACAGAGGCCGACCUGACACUUCGUCUGCAGAACGAACAGAAACAAAACAAUGACUUAAUGAAAGAGCUUGAGGAGCAGAGGUGUUUGUUUCAGACUUUGCAAGCAAAAAAGAAAAAAUCUGAUGAGGAAAAUCAGAAACUAAGGAAAGAGAAUGAUUCCCUCCUGAGGUGUCUCUCUCAGCCUAGAGAUGUUUCACCCUCCUCUGUUGUUUCACAAGCCCAAGCUUUUGCUCCAGCUCCUGAAAACUUUGUAUUUGGAAAUCCAUAUCAUGAUGCAGGAGCAAACUGGAAGGCAAGAGCCAGAGGAAUAGAUUCUAUCAGGAAAUGCCCCAUAUGCAAUGACGUUUUUCCUGAUGAUAUUGAAGCAAGAGACUACGAGGCCCAUGUGCAGAGCCAUCUUCUGGAGUGCCCAGUCUGCAAUGAAGCCUUUGAAAAGUCCAAUCAGCAGGUGUUUGAUGACCAUAUGUUGUGUCAUAGCCUGGAACGAUUCUGAAUCUGUUCUGUAGAUUGGGUGGCAGAGGCUGCAGCUUAGAAUAGACCAAAGUUAUUCUUCUAUAGAGACUUGAUCUAUGCCAGUAAGAAAUUGUCAUCCCUUUAAGUCCUCUGUCUUGGAUCAAUUGACUGUGCUUGCUAAAUGAGUUACAAAUCCUGUAAUUAAUAACUAUUAAUCCAGGUAGGGCCAAAUAAUAGAUGUAGUACAGUGGUUUUCUGUACUUGGCUGACACAGCUCUAUUAUAAUGGUUUUAACAUUCAGUAGAGCACUGUGAUUGCUAACCAAAGAGCAGAAGCAUUGCAUAGUCUUUUAGGACCACACCUUCAGUCUGGUUCAGCUUCUGGAAUACAGCAUUAAAUACUAAUAAAUACAAAAGUCUAAAUAAGAAUAGAUUUUCCUUUCUUCUUUUGCCUUUAGUCAUAAAAAAGUGAAAUAUAUAUUUAUAAAGGAACUACUUAUUUGCAGAUCUGAAGGUCUAGGGUUCUUACAGCAGAGUAGGCAGUAUAGUUUAGUGUGGAACGAGGUGCAUAGGAAAGCAUGUAGCUGAGUUGUCAUAGCAGUGCUGAGGAUAAAUGGCCUCUCAGUCUUGAAACUGGGUAUCCUCAUUUAAAGUAAGCGAUGAAAACCUUCAUGAUUUAAAAUGAAGAGCCUGUUCUCAAACCAAAACAUUGUGAUUGAAAACUGUUAAGUGCCUUGGGACAUUACAGUGCUCUGUGGAUGGAUUAUCCAGUUACUACUUUUAUUUCUGCUUUGGGAUUUUCAAGUUAUGAUUAACAGUUCUUUUGUCUAUGCACAUACAAAUGGGUGAAGUUUUAUUGUCCAGCUGUAUUAGAUGUUGCCUGCUGAAUAUCUGAAGCAAGAGAAAAUCAUAAGAAGUUUACACAGAGAUUUGAGACUGUUAAAGAGUAACAAAGACUUUAAAAUAUUUUGAUUAUACACAUUUAUUUUUUUUUUAAUCUGGGUUUAAAUGGAGUGUUUCUGCCUUUAAGAUGUACUAUACUGGUAAGCAUUAUUUAAAAGAUCUGUAACAGAAAAUAAGAGCAGACAAAAUAAAAGCUGCACUGAGAAAGUGAAAAAGAUGUCAACUUCUUUAAAUAAAUUGGAGGAAUUGUUGGUGUCUUAAUGGAGCUAUUUGCAAGCCUUCAAUUACUUUCUGAAGCUUUUCUCUAACAAAGUACUUAAGCACAUUUCUGAAUAACUUUUAGUAUACAACAUAAUAUCUCAAGGGUUAGCAGGAAUAUUGCUGUCUAAUGGCAUAUAUUUAACUGGCUGACCUUCACUGGCUUCUCUCAGCAUGGGAAUAUAUCAAGAAAGCCAAAGGACAGGAUGUUAUUUGUUACUAUAAUGCAUAUCAAUGUGCCUGGCAUAUCUUUACCCCAAUUUUGGCAGUCAAAUAUUCUGUCAUCCUGAGGCUAAUUUUUAACUUAGUACCUGUUUUCUUAGGAAAUAUCCCAUUGCUUUUCAAGAAUGCUCCCACCCCAAAGCUUUUCCACGCAGCCUCAUUUGAAAUUACAUUUUUCAUUCUUUUCUUGUUUUACACCUCGACAGAAGCAGAUCAAACGCAGUUAUUAAAACUCCACUAGUUCACUCAAUUAACACUUAACAGACCUGCUCAUUUUCUACACUGUUGUUCAUGCUUUCUUUAGCAGCUCAAAUCCUAAAGCCUAAACCCUGUCGUUUGUGGUUAGUUAUGUUACAUUACUAGCUAUAUCCCUGAGCUACCAGUGUUGAUAUUGCUUCCAUCCCUUGUAAUCUGGUGCCUACCAUUUUCUGCUUGCCAGCUCCUACCAUCUCCACAAAGCCUCACAGCCUGUUUUGAGCCCUAGGACACAGACAGCAAGCAGGUGGCCGGCAGAGGGGGUCAGACUGCAGUAAAUCUCAUGAGGAUGCUGCAUUUGAAAGCAUUUUAAGGUAUGCCAUUUGUUUUCUGUAAUAAUGAUCCAGAUUCCAGACUUCCAAGACACAUAAAUACUUCUGCCUGAUGCAUCCUGAGCAGCCGGGGACCAAUUUACCUCCAAGUACAAGCUAUGCUGUAUUUUCUAAGCAAAUUUUCAUUUUACAUGUAAUUUACAGCUGUAUUUAUGUUACUGAUGAAUUUAACAUUUGGAAUUGCAGUAUGUUUCAACCGUAUCUCAAUUGUAUGGUUUAAAACAGAAAUAGCUGAAAUGGUUGUUAAUUAGAUCUAAUUAUACUUUGGAUGAGAUCCCAUUUACAUUGAUAUGUAUUGCAUAAGGACCUUGAAAUAAAUUGUCAAAAGUGGCA